UGUUGUGAUAAACUUAUUAAAUAGACAAAUUGGUUAAAGCGUAUGAUUUUUGCUCUACCAUCUGAUCAAAAUGAGUCUGUCCAGCGCAAGCAGACAUCCUUAUUCUUUUCUCUCCUCGCUGUCCAGUUCACAUGCUGCAGUGGCGCCAAGAAACAAGGCGGGCGUCACUGAUGAGCAAUAUCGGGAAGCCAUAGAGAGUUGUGCUGCUUUCAAUGUUCGCCUCAUGGCAGAUGCUAAAGAAAGAAGUUAUCCCUACCUAGAUAGUCAAACUGGUAUAGCACAUGAGCCAAGAAGAUCUCUAUGGGUUACUAAAAAAGACAGGUUGCCUGGGUUGACAGAAGAUCAAGUGUAUCGCUACCCCGAUAGAAACUGGAAACUAGCCAAGAGAAAAGGUACCGCUUUGAACCGUCCGGCGAAUGUGAGCAUGAAGUCAGGAGAUAAUGUAGAUGAAAAUAUCAGUGCGGCUAGUGUGAUUAAUGCUGAAGGAAAUGGGCAUUCCAGUGAAAUGGGGAUCAUGUAUGAGGAUUCUAUGAACUUCUCCAUGUAUGAAUCAAAUUCCAAUUCAAUUUCGCUGCACGACACCAGCAAGACCAGUGUGGGACACCCUCUCAACUAUGUCGACUACGAGGAGUUUGUCGAGGAGUCGGAUGUGGAGCUGGGCACUGAGUCGGGACCCGACAAGGACGACGCAGACUUUGAGCCCAAGAAGCGCAAAUAUGCCAAAAGGGGUUUGGGAGUUGGCCGUGGAGGUGGGCGUGGCAGGAAAAGAGGCGGCAUGUCAAGUGGAGUUGGUUCACAUCUAUCUGGCUCCUACACUCCCUACAGUGCGUCCGCUUCUCAUCUCAACAGUGCAAUGUACCAUCACCAUCCUCAGCAGCAGCACCAGGGAGCAACCUACUCCCAUUCUCACUAUCAAUACAAUCCAUACCCUGGAGGAAGAGACACGCCAGACGAGGAGAAGUUCUAUCCAUGUGACCAAUGUGAAAAGAAAUACAAAUCAAAAGGCUCCCUGUCCAACCACAAGAAGUCAGCUCACCCCAUUAAUUCCUCAACUUCCUCUCCCUACCAUGCGGCCUCUCCUCUCUCCCUGUCUGGUGGUGUGAGGGAACACCACUCAACCAUCUCGGCAGAGCUGAUGCUCAACACAAACUCUCUCGCGUCCGAACCAGAUUCGGAGUGUUCAAAUCAAACUACCCCAAUGGUCUACCCUUCAUCCAUGCAUGGCAACCACGGAGACAGCAACCAGGAAUACGCUUACGACCACAUGAGUGGAACUCCGUCUUCAAACCCACACUUGAUGUACUUGGCAAACAGCAGACAGAACCCCCCUCCGAAUAGCGGCGAAGGGGGAAGUGGUGGUGGUGGUGGUAAUGCUGCUUCACACGGAGGGGAGAGUGGGGGUGUGUCGGCUGCAGUAGUAGGGAGUGGGGAAGAGGGCAAGUGUGGUUUGUGUCAGGGCACUGAUGAGCAGAAUCUGAAGACUGGUCAGCCUGAAGUUCAGAUUUCGUGUUCGGACUGCCACAGAACAGCCCACCCGACUUGUCUGGCCUUCAGUGAGACGAUGAGAAAGAGAGUGAAGGAGUACAACUGGCAGUGCAUUGAGUGCAAGGCUUGCACCGCCUGCGGAACCUCAGAAAACGACGACCAGCUUCUCUUCUGUGACGACUGCGAUAGGGGCUUCCACAUGUACUGUCUCAACCCACCAAUUGAUGAGCCACCCGAAGGUAGCUGGAGUUGUCAUCUAUGCUUGAAGCACCCAGACCAAGUUUCAACCACGCAAUCAUCGGGUACUGUAACGUCUACGCCUACCAAUAUACCAGCACCUCAAGCACCAGUGGUACCACCCCAAGAGCCAUCCCAGGCACUGCAAGCGAGAAGGUCUCCCCCUCACUAUCCUAUGGCGCAUCAGCUGCCAAUGCACCACCCCUACCAGCCAUCGUCUCAGUACAACCCUACCCACAUGCAAAUUCAGCACCCUGAUGGACAUCAUCUGUACUCUUCGCAGCCGUAGAAUUUUAGCAACUUAAAUAACAUUCGCAAAUUGUUUACGUAGCUUGAAUAACAUUCGUAAAUUGUUUGUCUGUUUACGUAGUUUGACUGUUCUAUUUCAAUAAUAUUUUGAUUUGAUUGUUUUCAAAUUUAUAAAUAUCUAUCAAUA